AUGGAAUGUCCAACCCAUGGAGAUCCUUUAAAGCUUUUCUGUAAAGGAUGCAAUGAUUACAUUUGUCAUAAAUGUACUUUAUGGAAUCAUAGAGAUCAUGAUCACUCGCCAAUAAAAGGUGAUUUUGAUAAAUGUAGAAUAGAAGUGAUGAAGAUAUUAGAAGAUACGAGAAUUGGUAAGAAGGUAAUAAAAGCGAGUAUUGAUCGUGCAGUGGCUAUGUUAAAAGCUUAUGAAAAAGAUGCUACGGAAGCUAAUAUGAAAAUCAGAAACACUAUGCGGUAUUAUACUGAAUUUAUUGAGGCUCGGAAAAAAUACCUUAUAGACAAGGUUGAGAAAAUGCGUCAGGCGAAAACGACCCAGUUAUCUGACUAUACGAAUACAUUACGGGGUAUGCUCGCUGCUUUGGCACAUACAAAUGAUUUCUUAGUGCAAAACAUGGAUUCUGAUGGUUUACGCUUAUUUAUGGCUAAUGAAAAGGGCAGAUCGCAGAUUGAUUAUUUUUCAACUAUGUUUAAGAAAAUGACUAUUGAUGAGGAAAGAAUUGUGUUUAUUUCACCAUAUUUUGACUUAGUAGACCUAUUAAGAAAAUUCGAUGUUCAACGUAUUUGCGCAAUUUCUGGUCAAGUAGUUAACUCUGUUAUACAGUACCCUCGCGAGGCUAUGAUUCCACUGCAGUCUUUGCAAACAGCUCAGCCACAUCGUCCUUUGAAUUAUAGUCUUGCGAGUACUAGUAGUACGACAUCACCGCCAAGUCAAACUUUAUGUCUAAAGUCUUAUUAUUGCAACAACACCUCUGCCUUAAAUAUGGAAUUGACUACUCCUACACGAGGUAUUGGACAAGCUAUUUCAGGUUAUUGGAUGCCAGUAUCUUCAAAGCCAAUCAGAAAUUUUGUCCCUGGUGAGCCUAUGUUUUCAUUUGGUCGUGAGGGACAAGGUCAAGGCCAAGUUUCUAGACCAUGGGGCUUAUGCAUAGACAGAGAGGGUCACAUAAUAGUUGCCGAUAGGCGCAAUAACCGUAUUCAAAUAUUCACUAAGGAUGGUGAGUUCAAAACCAUGUUCGGUUCCAAAGGCAAUGGCCCUGGUCAAUUUGAUCUACCAGCUGGUAUUGCAACUGACAUAUUUGGCAGAAUUAUAGUCGUAGAUAAGGACAACCACAGAAUUCAAAUAUUUUCAAUGUCUGGCAACUUCAUCUUCGCAUUCGGAUCCUUUGGGAAAGAAUAUGGGCAGUUCCAGUAUCCAUGGGAUGUAGCUGUCAACACCUUAGGAAACAUUGUCGUGACUGAUACGCGUAAUCACCGAAUUCAACUAUUUACAAGAGAGGGGGCUUACAUGAACAAAUAUGUAUUUGAAGGAGCUAACUCAAUGAAAAUGUUAAAGGGUCCAACAACUCCAAGAGGUGUGUGCUUUACAACUUCAGGUAAUAUAAUAGUAUCCGAUUUCGAAAAUCAUCGCUUGUUAUUGGUAGAUUCGACUUUGUCAAAAGUACUACAAUGUGUAGGAUGUGAAGGUUCUGGUAUCGGUGAGUUUAACCGUCCAUCGGGUAUUGUGACUGAUGACGAGGGUCGCGUAAUCGUAGCAGAUUCCAAAAACCAGCGUAUAGUUGUAUUAACUUCAGAUCUCCGUAUACUAUCCACCGUGUAUUUCAAGAGUCCAGAUCUUGACGACAAAGACCGCCCGUGUGAUGUAGCUCUAACUCCAGAGGGCUAUAUGGUGGUAAUGUUUGAAACUCUACCUGACACAGCUCGUGAUGUUGCUUCUAAUGAUAAGGAGUAUAUCAAAAUCUAUUAA